CAGCAGCUCUCUCAACCAACACCAGCAAAGGCGCCUUCCGAGGUCCGCAUGCGCAGCCUUUGACGCCAUGGCAAGCUUAAGGACACCAUCACCAAGAAGCUUACUAUAUGUCUGCACGAGACAUCCGCCAGCGCCCGGACCGUUACUCGCACAGCCCUUCUCAACCUCGGCCCCCACAUUCCGCAACCCACCGGUCAUUUCCAAACGGAACAGAGUCAAAGCAGAGGCCAAAGCAGAGGCCAAAGCUGCGGCCCACAGAGGCCCUGGCACAAAAGAAGGCAGCAACAAGGAAGAUAUCAACCGCCGCCAGGGCUUCUACUCCUACAUUCCGCCGCCAUCCAACGACCCAUCUCCCCGCGCGAUCCGCACCCCAGCCCCAGACAGCGUCUCCCUCGUUGCCGCACAGAACAUCUUCGUCGCACACCCCCGACGCUUCCUCUACUCGGCGUCGCGCUUCCUCGAAAUCCCGCCCAACACCCACACGCCCGAGGUCUGCCUCCUCGGCCGCUCCAACGUCGGCAAGUCGACGCUGAUCAACGCGCUGGCCGGGCUCGAGGCCGCGGCGGCGGCGCGGGCCCACGGUCGCGGCGCACGUCUGCGCGGCCUGGCGCUCACGAGCAAGACCGCGGGGAGCACCACCACGAUCAAUGCGUAUGGCUUUGGGCUGCCGUCGACACAGCAGCGGCGCGAUGCGCUGGAGCGUGCUGCCGAGCAUGCGCAGGGGUUGAAGGAGGGUGGCUUGUCGAGGUCAGAGAGGAGAGGGUUGCCUAGGGAACAGCCGCCGCAGCAUAGGCUCAUAAUGGUGGAUAUGCCUGGGUAUGGGCUGGGGUCGGAGGUUUCAUGGGGGGUGGAGAUCAGGAAGUAUCUGGCGAGGAGGGAGAUGCUGAGGGGGGCGGUGCUGCUGAUUGAUGCCGUGUCGGGGGUCAAGGACUCGGAUCGGAUGGUGUUGGGUAUGUUGAGGGAUGCAGAGGUGAAGACAUCCGUCGUAUUGACCAAGACGGAUAAGUUGGGAAGGGAUCGCGCUAAGGUGGAGCAGCUGUGCUUGAGCGUGUGGGAGGAGCUGAGGAAGGCGGAGCAGGAGAGCCUGACGUGGCUUGAGGGCGCCCAGAACGGGUGGCAGAAUGAGAUCUAUGUGACGUCGGCGGGGAAUCCGGACAAUGACGGUUCCGGUGUCGGGGUAGUCGGGGCGAGGUGGGCAAUCUGCCAGAUGGCUGGGCUCGUGAAGGACGACAGGGUGCUGCAGCCCGCGCCGCCCUCGCCUGCAACCCAGAAGAUUGUGUCGUUUGACCAGAUCCAGUGGGCGUAUUCGUCGAGCGAGCCGAAGGCGGCGGACAGCCAAGGGGAACCGGGCAGCGCAGGGCGCCAAAGUCUGUUCUGAUAUGUGUAAGAAGACCUGUAAUUAAAGAUGAAAUAAUACCUUGUACAUCAUGGUGGACAAAUCAGUGGUCC